AUGGAAUUUGAGAAUCCAGGAAUUGUUAAGCUUAAGUGCUGUGUAAAGAACUACGAUUGGGGUAAAAUUGGGACGGGUUCGAGCGUUGCACAGUUGUACGCGAAGAACAGUGGAGAAGAAGCAGAUGAUUUUAAGCCGUAUGCUGAGUUCUGGAUGGGUACCCACGAGUCUGGGCCCUCAUACGCCGUCGUGGCGCCGGUGACGGUGGAUCAGGGAGAGAAUGAAGUGGCGAAUAGUGGGAAUAGCUGUAAUUUGGUAAAUUUGAAGGAUUGGAUUGAGCAGAACCCCAGUGUGAUUGGUGAUAAGGUUUUGCAAAAAUGGGGCCACAGUCUCCCUUUUCUCUUCAAGGUACUUUCAGUGGCAAAGGCGUUGUCGAUACAAGCUCAUCCAGAUAAGGUUUUGGCCGAAGUUCUUCAUAAACAAUAUCCGGACAUAUAUAAGGAUGACAAUCACAAGCCUGAGAUGGCUUUGGCAAUCACCGAGUUCGAGGCUUUAUGCGGGUUUAUCAGUCUUGAGGAGCUUAAGCUUGUUGUUCACAAUGUACCUGAGAUUGUAGAAGUAGUCGGCAGUGCACGUGCAGAUCAAGUAUUGCAAAUCAAGCAACAGGAUGGGGAAGAAAAAUCGAAAGAGGUUUUGCGAUCCAUAUUUUCCGAACUCAUGUCAGCUAAGAAGGUUGUGAUUUCUGAAGCAAUCUCCAAGUUGAUAAGUCGACUAAACGCAAAACAUGAGGUGAGGGAGUUGACUGACAAGGAAGAGCUGGUAUUGCGGCUUGAGAAGGAAUAUCCGGGAGAUGUUGGUGUUAUAGCAGCAUUCCUUUUAAAUUACAUUAAGCUUAAUUCAGGUGAAGCCCUAUAUUUAGGGGCAAAUGAACCUCAUGCUUAUUUAUAUGGUGAAUGCAUCGAGUGCAUGGCUGCAUCGGACAAUGUUGUACGUGCUGGCCUUACUCCAAAGAAUUUGGAUGUACAAACUCUCUGUUCCAUGCUCACAUACAAGCAGGGCCUGCCACAAGUCCUCAAAGGAGUUGCUUUAAAUGCUUAUACAGUAAAAUAUAUCCCUCCAUUUGACGAAUUCGAGGUCGAUCGAUGUUUCCUUCCCCAAGAAGCAUCAACUGUCUUUCCUGUAGUCCCUGGUCCGUCCGUGUUUCUGGUCAUGGCAGGAGAGGGAAAAAUACAGACAGUAAGCCAUGAAGAGUCGGUUGCUGAAGGCGACGUGCUUUUUACAUGUGCUAACAUUGAGAUCACUGCUGCAACUACUUCAGUAAGAUUUCUCCCAUAA